UACCUGUUGGAACGGGCAGGUUCGUCUCGGGCGCUCGCCCCGAUUCUCCCAACGCGGAAGCCUCUAGCCGGAACAGAAGGGAGGGCCCGAGCCCGGGGCCCGAGUAUGGAGCCUGUCUCUCGCUGGACUUCCCAGACAGUGCUGGCUUGGAUCCGAGGUUUGGAUCCAGCAUUACAAGCUUACCCUGUGGAGACAUGGGAGUUGACCGGGAAGAGGCUGCUCCGGUUAUCCUAUCGGGAUUUGGAGAAUCUGGGUGUGAGCUGCAUCGGCCACCAGGAGCUCCUCCUGGAAGCUGUGGAGCAGCUUUGUGUCUUGAACUAUGAGCUGACCACCUCCAACCUGAGGACACUCACCGAGAAGCUGCAAGGGAUCAUUCGGACAAUCGAGGUCUGCAUUCUGAGUCGCAGGAAAGUGAGCACUUAUCACGGAGCGGCUACUGAAAAGUCCAGCGUGGAUCUCCUGGCAUCUGUGGUGGAGCUGAUCAGUGCUGCUAAAGGCCUCUUUUUAUGGCUGAACAGGUAUCUCUUCUCCCACCUGCAUGAUUAUUCAGCCAGCCGAGACAUCAUCUGGCUUUGUGGUGAUCUGGCAGAGACUGUGCAGAAGGAGUGCACUGUAUCCGAAAGAGAGGACCAAAUUUUGUUGAUCGGAAGACACAUUUUUGGAAUCUGUGAGCAUAUCUUGCACUGCAGCCCAGCGAACCUCCUAGAUCAAACAGCCACCUUGGAAACGGUGGAACUUGAACCUGCAGGUCCAGAAGAUAAUUUGGGCCUAGAGAUUAAGUCCUUGCCCUCCUGUCUCCAUUUGAUAUCGGGGACUGCCCGAGAGAUUCCUGUUGACCAGUGCAGCAAGGUCUUCCCAGGUGAUGAAAUAGUCCAAGUCAAUGACCAGGUGGUGGUGGGUUGGACCCGGAUGAAUCUCGUGAAGAAGCUUCUAGAAUCCAGUCGAGUGACUCUGGUGCUGAAGAAAAUCCCACUGGUUUCUUCGGAGUCUCCUCUUUCCCCAGAAUCUCCUCUUCACCCGCAACAACCACAUUCUUUGUUAGAGGACCUGAGCUCAAGAAGUGAUGACUCUUCAGCCAGCUCUGCAUCACCAACAUCCAGCAUGACCGCUGAGUUUGAGGGAACCCAGAAUUCCAAGCUUGAUCUCCCCACCACUCAGGAGGAAUCAAAAGGAAUUGAUUGCAGGUGUCCUGUGGAUAAUAUCAGUGGACUGGAAGAGGUCCUUUCUGGAGCAGAGGCAUUGCCUGACCCUGCUCUGGAAAGGCAAGACUUUGGAGCAGAUGCCAUGGGGCCUAAAUCUCCAGAUGCUGCUGUCCCUUCCACUCCCAAGAAGCAAGGGCAACAACUAGGAAACUCUGUAAAUCAUGAGAAUGGGUUUGUCAGAGGCCAACAGGGCCUGGCAUCAGCAGCUUCCAAAGAGGGCAGCGCUGAGAUUCGACGGAAACAAAAGGGAGUCACUACCCGGCUAAGUCGACGACGCAUCUCCUGCCAGGAACUGGGACAGGUGGACUGUGACGGUUGGCUCUUAAAAAAGAAGGACCACGUGGGCUUCAUGGCCCAGAAAUGGAAACGGUUUUGGUUUGUGUUGAAAGGACACAACCUUUACUGGUACAGCCACCCCAACGAUGAGAAGGCCGUGGGAUUGAUCAAUGUGUCUGCCUAUAGAUUGGAGAGCACCAAGGAACAGAAGAAGAAAUAUGUUUUCCAAUUCACCCAUGAGAAGUACAAGCCCUUCAUCUUUGCAGCAGACACCCUGGCUGAUCUGAGCAUGUGGGUCAGUCGUUUGAUCACAUCAAUGACUAAAUAUACAGUGUCCCGUAAAUCUGGACCAUCUAACCAAGAAGAUUGCUACAGCGAAACAGAAGCAGAAGAUCCCGAGGAUGACUCUCCUAGGCAUAGUUUUGAUCAGACAAAGCAGAAGGAAUUGGAGAAGGCUCAGUUGCCAUCAGGGGCUACGGGGAAUAGCCAAAACCUGGGAAGCCCACUUUUCCAGGACAAUGUAGAUGAGAAAACAGCAUCUCCCUCUUCUCCAGAUCCAGCAGAAGAAGAACUUCAGUCCCUGAUCAAGUGUCUGAAACAAGGAGGAGUAUCACUUAUUGGGAAACAGCAGGUGUUCACCCGUGAAUAUUAUCGGAAAUCGUUUGUCAAACGUAACAAGAAUCCAGAGAUCAACGAGAAAGUACAUCUGAUUCGGACACUUCAAAGCACACUCAAGGCCAAAACUGCUGAGCUCCAAUUACUUGAUAUUCUACUGGAGGACACCGAAUUGAACUCUGAGAAAUUCAGGAGCUGGAAAGAACAACAUCAGGAGUUAUACCAGGAAAUACAAAUGUGGCGGGCUAAAAAACUGGACCAAGACAAUGGCUCAAUAGAUUCAAGUGUCGACCUCCACUUGGAGGCAGCUGCAGGUCCGUAGCAUUUGGGGGACCUCUGGCCUGUGAGCUAAAACCUCCUUCCCCCAGUUCGACUUACACAGCACCAGACACAAGUGCAGUUUUGUCAUUUCUAAAAUUUUGGAUAGGAAUGUUUUACGACAAGCUUCAUCUUUAUAAGGCAUUGGAUUGAUCUAAAAGUUUUAUCCAGGCAGCAACAAUGGCUCCAAAUGAUUCUCUCAUUUUAGAGAGAUGGAUUACAAAGAUGGUGACAAUUGAGAAAGGAUUGUUGGAUUUUUACAUAACGAUGGACAUUUCCUGACUGCAAAAUAGAAGACCAACGAAGGAUAAAGUGGCUUUUGGUGCCUAAGCACCUGGGAAAGAGCUGGCAUUGACUAGCAUAGACUUUGUGUUUUUCAGAUUUCUUCAAAACAAGCCAUUUCCUCCAGCAUCUUUCAAAAGGAAACAUUUAGCAACCAAGAGACAUCUGAGUAAACCAGUUUGUGGUUUUCAAUAAUGAUAGUUUAUAUUGAAAACCAGUUUGCAUUGGAAGCGGGAUACUGUAAACAUGUAAGAAAUUAGUUAUAUAAAUAAAUGUUACAAUAUGUUUCUAAAGAUA